UCAAAGCAGUGGGCCUUCUGUACUUGUACUAUUAUAAUAUAUUCUGUGCCAAAAGGGAGGUAGCGGCAACGGACCCUCAUUCACACGGACACUGACUGCCAUAUAAAUAUGUGGGUAACAGGUAACAGUGCCUACGAGCAAAAUUCUAUUGAAUAGGUAUCAUACACUUAAUUUUCAGGGAUAGUCAGUUGAAGGAUAGGGGGUGAUUCUAAAAGGUAAAGGUUUUCUUACAUGUAAAGGUAAACCUACCUAUAGUUUAGCUAAUAUUGUCUUCGGUUACCGCGAUAGUUACUCAUGAAAUAAAACUAUGGAAACGGAUUAAAUCGCGUAUAAUGAAUUUACAAUUCAUCCCCAAAAAAUGGGGGAUUUUAUAGUUUAGCUAUUUAACGUAUUAGGUGACCAAAAUUUCGAAAAACAUCAAUCUAUUCUUAAAACUCUCUCGUAGGUACUAUCUAAAAACAUUAUCCUCCUUCUGACGCAGUCGGGUAAAAAUAGCUAGAUACCAUUUUAUUGGGUAAUGUGCGUUUAAUAUUGGUAAUUAUUAAAUAAUUAGUGAGUAAUCGCAUAUCUGCCAUAAAUCAAAGGGCAGAAAGGGACUGUAAUAACGACAAAUAAAUCAACCAUCUGCGUAGUUUCCACGCUGGUGCCGAUAAAAUCUCUUUGUACCAAGCUUUGCCAUGGAAUGGGAUACGUAAUUAGUCUGAAUUAUUUAUUACCUUAUCAAGUUUCGAGAUCGAAAGCUCGCACCGCGCUAUUAGGUUUAUUCGAUAUUAUAAUUAUACUGCUCAAGAUUAGAGUCCAAAUUGUUACUUUCUAAUUGCUAUCGAAAAGAGGUUGCGACAGUUAUGAUUCGUAAUUAUCUACUGGUAAUACCAAUGGUGAGUUUUAUGGUACGAUUAUUUGACGCACUAAUAAAAUAAUUUGGAUGUGGGACAUACGUUUUAUUUUGACUCAUUUGGAGUAACGUGCAAAAUGGAUAUAAAGAUGAAAAGAUAUGUUGAAAUUUGGUGGAAUGGCAUCAAAAGUUUGCCUGACACUACUUCUAUACAUGGUUUCAGAUUUAUCGCAGAUUCGAAGAGACAUUGGGUGGAAAGGAUCUUCUGGCUAAUAUUCGUCGCAAUGUCCUGGUACGGGUCAUCCCUUCUCAUAGAAGCCCAGUACUACGCUUUCCAGAAUAAUCCAAUUUCUUUUGUGGUCGAAACGACGUACAAAGAUUGGCAAACUCACUUUCCCUCUGUGGCGGUCUGCGAGCAUGACAAUUCCGCUCGUAUUGAACAUGUUUCCGAUAUGCUAUGGGGAGAAGAUCAUGAUUUUAACAUGGAAGAAGUUUUGAAAGAACUAGCCUAUUUUAAAGGAAUAACUUACUACACUUCGCAAUUUUGUGGCUUGGAAGACCCCUUACCAGACUGUGUCAAGAGCAAUCUCAGUUACUACGCCAACUUGGUUAGAACUCCUUGUGAAGAAAUGUUAACCAACUGUUCAUGGAACGAUCAACCUUUUCUAUGUUGUGCAUACUUCAGACCUUUGGACACAGAACUUGGCACAUGUUUUGCCGUAAAUACAAUACAAGGAAGAGAUCCCAAUCCGCCCAUGUUCCCCAUGAUAAGUAACAGAACCACUGGUCCAGGAGCUAUUAAAUUUAACGUGAUGGUAAGCGCCAACGUAUAUGUAUUGAACGCAGAAGACGUUCCAUCACAAACCACACUAGGCUCUGACGUCCUUACAAUCGCUCCUGAAGUUUCUCAAAAACGUUAUAUUUCCAUAAGAACCAUUGCCAACGACCAGGCUGCUCGCUUCAUUUCUCCAAUAAAAAGGAAAUGCCGGUACACAGAUGAAAAUUUCCUGGACGUCUAUCGUCACUACUCCUACAGUGCUUGCACGGUCCAGUGCAGGAAAGACGCGCAGAUCAGAUUCUGUAAUUGUACAAAUUAUUUCACGCCCAAUGUUCCGGAGUAUCUGAAGUGCGAUGUGAAUGGAAUUAUUUGUCUUAACAACCACAUUAAUGAACUAUCGGUACUGAAAGCUAAAUGGUCAAAUCGUCCAGGCUUGUACUGCGACUGUUUACCGUCAUGCACGGAGGCAGAAAUAUCUGUAGUCAAAGAUUUCAAACUCACCGCCUCAACGGAGUUUGCUGCAGUCCAUAUCGAACUAGCUAUACUACCGAGCGAGCGAUAUAAAAGAAAUGUUGUUAGAGGCAUACUGGAUCUUGUAGUAUCCACGGGUGGUACAGGCGGAUUGUUUCUUGGUGCAAGCAUCUUGAGUUUUGUGGAAUUCGUCUACAUACUAUUGCUGCGUCCCUUUUGCGAUAUUUACAGUCAGAGGGGCGUCGAUCAUUGGCACAGGAAGUUUGGUAACCGUCGCCUGGAAGACAACAAGUUUGUACCCAACAAGGAGUGGAGCUAUCAUGAAGGAAAUGUUGGAGCUGGCUUAAACCAAGUUAAACGCCGGAUUUUCAAAGCUUAG